UGGUUGCGAGUCGAUGCUGUGCGGGGCUUUUGCAUUCUCAUACCCCGCCGUCGACCUUUGGAGCUCGGUGCCCCGGGGCGAGUGGGCAGCUCCGUCGUUCACGGUGGCAAUUGGCUGCGCUAUUCUCUCAGCUGCUUCCUGCUGCACAUCGUGGCCCAAACACAGGACGGUGCACACACACUUUUUUACACGCACGUAAUGUGGCGCGAGUGUGCGCGAUGCUGCCGGAGCCCAAAGUCCCCCGGUCCUUGGUGCAGUCUCUUAUCGGAAUGUUUGAAGAUUAACGAGGUUACCCGAGUCCUAUAGACCACGAGCCACUGCCAGCUGUAGCCUGCAGGCCAACAAGCCGACAGAGAGGGCGGACAGCGUGUCGAAGGCGGACAGAGAGGAAGCAAGUCACCGCUGUAGCUGCAUCGGACCACGGCAGAGCGCGGAACCAUGACCGAGAAACGGAUGUCGCGGUGGUAUUUUGGUGGGCUGGCUUCAUGUGGAGCAGCCUGCUGUACGCAUCCUCUGGAUCUGCUGAAGGUGCACCUGCAGACACAACAGGAGGUGAAGAAGAGGAUGAUGGGGAUGGCCAUUCAUGUGGUGAAGAGCGACGGUGUACUGGCUCUUUAUAAUGGCCUCUCUGCCUCUCUUUGUAGACAGAUGUCCUAUUCCCUCACCAGAUUUGCCAUCUAUGAGACAGUGAGGGACAUGAUGGGCAGCACAAGCCAGGGCCCCAUGCCCUUUUACCAGAAGGUCCUACUGGGAGCCUUCGGAGGUUUCACCGGUGGGUUUGUUGGGACGCCGGCAGACAUGGUGAACGUCAGGAUGCAGAAUGACAUGAAACUACCACCAGAACAGAGGAGAAACUACAAACAUGCCAUCGACGGACUCUUCAGAGUCUUCAGAGAAGAGGGUGUGAGGAGACUGUUCUCAGGAGCCACCAUGGCCUCCAGCAGAGGAGCGAUGGUCACUGUUGGACAGUUGGCAUGUUAUGACCAGGCCAAGCAGCUCGUGCUGGGAACAGGCAUGAUGGGAGAUAACAUAUUCACACACUUUCUUUCCAGCUUCAUUGCUGGAGGCUGUGCCACGUUCUUAUGUCAACCUCUGGAUGUACUAAAGACGAGGCUGAUGAACUCUAAGGGAGAGUACACAGGGGUGACACAUUGCUUACGAGAAACUGCCAGACUCGGUCCACUGGCAUUUUAUAAGGGUCUCGUCCCCGCAGGGAUCCGCUUGAUUCCUCACACAGUGCUCACCUUCAUCUUCCUCGAGCAGCUCAAGAAAAACUUUGGCAUCCGCAUCAUCUCCUGAGUACGGCCACUCCUCAGCUACCCCCCUCCACUGUCACCGGCUCCGCCACACAGCACCCGCUCAUCGCUCUACUCUUGGCAUUUACAAGAAAAGAAGGGAAGAAAGGGACUCAUGGACAGUUUAUUUUAGACUUGUGCAUGUUUUCCAUUUCCCUUUGCUCUACCUCUAUCUCACGUGGAGUAAUUAUAUCAAUGAGCACCUACAGAUGAUUUCUCUAGAACAUCAAUAUGAUGUUUUGAAAGAGCAUGCUUAACAAAAAAGUGCUUCAGAUUGGAGUUUUUGGAAGGGGGCUUCCCAUUGCACCAAUAUCCCAAAAUUCCAAAGCCCUAAAAAUUUCCAGUUGACCAAAAGCCCAUUUCUCUGACGGCCUGUUAUCCCAAAUACAGACGCCAAUUGCUUUGUAGUCCAGUCCAGUUUCUGUAGUGCACUUUUCUGUAAACCACAGAUUUGUCAUAUUUCUGAACAAAACACCCAGGUUGGAGAAAACACUUGGGAUUGGUGGCUCCGUCGGGACACGCCACAAACGGUCGGCAAAAUGAACCGGGAUCAGUGGCUCGAAAAAACUGCCAAGAAAUGCAGUGAUGGGUCAACAAAAACAACCAGGUUAUGUGGCUCAGAUGCAGCUGGGAAAUGCUGCCAAUGGUCAUUAAAAACACCUGAGAUUUGUGGCUCAAAUGUUGCUGAGAAAUGUAGCAAAGGAUUGAUGACGACAUUUGGGUUUGGCGGUCUUAACACCGCUGGGAAACGGCACGAAGACUCGAUCAAAACACUCGGCAUUGGUGGCUCAAAUGUCACUGGGAAACUGAAACUACCUGCAGAAAGUGUGAUUUUUCAGAGCAAUGGCCAUUUAGUUUUGGGUUAACGGGCUGUCGGAGAAAAGGGCUUUUGGUCCAGUCAAACAUUUUUUUUGGAGCUUCGCAGUUAUGGGCUGUUGUAGCAGUGGCAUGGCACCUAUUGGAAUGACCUGCCAAAUACAAAAAGAUAAUUAAAAUUCGUAGCAGAGGGGUAAUGUAUUCGUCUAGUGUAGUUACGUGACUUAUUGAGAUUUAGUAUUAAUUACUUGAGAAAUUCAUCGGUUAUUUUGACAAACAGACUAAAACUAAAUCCAGAUGAGAUUUAUGAUUUAUGUUUUAAUUUUGAGCAGUACUUAAACACCUGUAGGGCACAACGCCUUCAGAGCUCACAGCGGUGUUUAAUGAUUGUGGUCUAAAACAUUAGCUAUCACAUAAAGCCAGGACAGAGUUUGUGAUAUAGCAGAGGUACAAAAUGCAAACGAGCACAGUGUAGCCUUGUCAUCAGUGCCAUUCUAUAACAAUUCCCAAAAGCCAUUUCUAAAAUGUGACUGAACAAAGCUGUUAUGUAAUUACAUAGUAAUCAUUCCCAACAGUGGUGACCAAAUGUGAUGCACCCUGAAGUCAACACUUUGUUUGUUUGCUUUUUCUUCACCUGAUUAAUGUUUUAUGACUGGAAAUGAACCACUAGCAGGUUUAAAUGUGUUUAACAAAAUCUAAUUUACUUCAUUCCUCUGUCAUCAAUCUCACAUCUUUGGAGAAGAGGACCAAGCUUGUUUGUCUCAUGUUUUUAAGUAAGUAAAGGAGUUUGUGGGGAAACCGAAUCGCAGAGAGCAGAGGUAAUUUUGGUGGCGUCUCUCUUUAGUUUUCCAGUCUCAGUGAAAUCCUUCAUGACCACUCCAUCUCUUAAAAGUUCUUACUGUUAGAAUAGAGAUGCCUGUAGAGAACUGCUGGACCGUACAAGUGUACAUGUAGCAUUUCCAUCCGUAUUGUUACUGUUUAGUCAGGCUGAAUGCAUGUCAGACUCUAUGACUCAGGAUGCUAUGUUUUAAACGGCACUUUAUUAGAAUCCCUGGACUCAUACUGACUAACCUGCUGCGUAGAAACACACAUGCUGCAUACUAUAACCUGUUCUAAAAGUGAAAAUGUUGUUGAAUUUACAUUGUUAAUGGUUCCAGUUUAGAUCAGUCUGUUUAUACUUUGUGACUUGCCAGUUAUUGUUGGAUCAUUCAGUGAGAAAAUGCAUUCUCUGUGCUGUGCCUGCUCUGUUGACAGAGACCUUGUCAAGUCAUGUUGCCUUACAGUAAGCGUCCUCCAGAGGGCAGUAUAGUAAUGUGUAAUUGAUUUCAAUGCCAACAACCUGAAUGAUCCUCUUUUGGGUUUCCUGUGAAACCCAGAAACCUUCAUCCAGGAAUGCAUUUAAAGAAAAAAAGAUCCACAAUCUUGGAGUAACCUCAGAUAAUGACUGUAAAUCCACAGGUUCUUAUGCUCCCCUCAACAAUGUGAGGUUCUGUAGAUCAGCCAUAGUAAGUAAUUUAACCCCAGCUUUAUUCAUGAUGCACAGAAAUUAAACUGGAGGGACCCAGAGUUCUGGGUGUUGUGACUUUAUAUUUUGUAGAUUGCUAACUAAUGAUUUUGGAAUUAAAAUACUAAUGGAAAA